CCAUUUUACUGCUUUUCGCGAGUGAGUUGGGGGGUCAAUGAAUGCAACGGCGUCGUAUUGAGCACAAAGCCCUAUGAUAUCUCUGAAUGUAAUGUUGAGGAUGUUCCACUUCAAUUGGGUAUUGACUGUCAUUUGAAUAAAUCUGGUGAUCCAAAAUGUUGUUCUCCAAUUGUUAAUGGAGUUCAAUCUUUGGAAGACUUUGAAAUAACACCUGAGAUGUUUGAUGAAUGCCAGAGGUUGGCUAAUGAGAGUAUUCGUAAAAGAAAUUCAUCAACUGAGUAUAAGAAAAUUCUCAAUCCUCAUGUUCCUGUUCCGAAUGUUCCUUAUUCGUCCAAAAGGACCACCUAUAGUUCGGCUCUUCACACACGCAACAUGGUUAUUUGUAAUAGAAAUCGUUAUGGUGCGCCUUCUAAACUGCCUAAUCCAUCUGAGGGGGUAAAGAAAGUCUUGCAUGGUUCAUUUCUGUUUGACGAACCAUUUUGGGAUGGAUAUAAUCUUAUUUGUGAAGGCUUUCAAAAAUGGUUAGUAAAGAGUUUAUUUGAUAGUCCAAAGCAAAAAGAAUCUGGCUUUGUGUUCUACAAGAAGCAGUCGUCAAAAGUGAAGAAUGGGUUUGAUUUCAACAUUGCUAAAAUUUAUGAAAAAUCAUGGUUCUUGAUUCUUGACGAUCGAAUUAUAUGUCUGGGUUUAAAAUUAUAUGUGGGAGGAUUUACACUGGUUGAUCAUGUGUUAUUGCCUAUGCAUACUGAGAUUGGUGGUGUGGGACAUUGGAUACUUGGAAGACUUUUUAUUAAAGAAAGGAUUCUAUUUAUUUACUAUAGCAUAAGGUCACCAGAUAUUGAUGCUGAUAUCCGUAAGGAUGUGGAAUGCUAUUCUACUUCAUUUCGUUUU